AUGCUUGAAGGAUCGGGCCGUUCAUGGGACGACCCUGUCGUUAUCGCCAUGCUGGAGAACUGCAUCAACUCGUACGGCUUGGAUUACGAGGGCGCUGAGAACGUUAGCCCUUACGAGCUCAUGUUCGGCUUCACACCGUGCUCUGCCCUACAGGCACGGCUCCGUAUCGAGCAACUCGACUCUGACUUCGAUGAUAUCGAGACCGAUGAUCCGACCGAGUUGACAUCUAUGGCCCGCAAUAGAGCCCUCCGUCUAGACAGGCUUCAACAACGAUUUAUCUCGAUAUGGCAAGACCGUCGUGAGCGUGCCUUCGAGACUGCUUUGAACAAGAGCUCCAAGCACCGCAGUGAUCGUCCCAUCAGCAUUGGCGACAGA